AUGAACAUCCAUAAGCACACGCAUCAUCAUACACACGAAUUCAACACUCUUCCUCUUGCUCAAUUUGAGCGAACUCGUGAUGCGGGUAAUACUGCGAUUACAAGACCGCAGGAAAUCGCACAUUUCUCUUAUGAUGACAGUCAUGAAUUCCGUUUAGAUGAUUCCUCAAUUCGAUGGUAUUAUCCACCUGAUUUAGGAACGGAUUUGAAUAGGGGAUUUGAAACAUUCCGCAAACAUGAUGACUCGAAAGAUGAACAUCUAGAUUCGUUGUUGAGGGCCUUGAUAGAAAAGGAGAAAGUGACCAAUGUUAAGACGGAGGCGGAUGUUAUUACUUGGAGGGGAAUGAUGACAAAGGAGGAUCACCAGUAUAAAGUAAAGACUAGAGCUAGACAAGAUGCACGACAGCGACCUCAACCAGGAAGGCCUUCAGGUGAUGCAAUGAGUUUCUGGGUAUACAAAGGCUCGAAAUCUGAAGAUGGAAAAUCCACUGAGUGGAUUGAGCUGAAAACUACCGUGACUCCUAGACAUCGAGGAGAUGAACAGAACUUUGAGAAAAAACUUUUGAAAUUCUGGCUUCAAUCAUUCUUGCUUGGAGUUCCUCACAUUAUAGUUGGAAAACGAAGCCCUGAUGGAAUUCUUCAAAGCAUUGAACGAAUCAACACGGCACAGAUACCUGGGAUGGUAAAGAAAAGGGGCAAUAAUUCAUGGGAUGGAGAUAUGUGUAUCAACUUUGCAAAUCGAUUCCUCGAAUUCAUUGGCGAUGGUGUAUGGAAGAUCCGAAGGAGAGAAAAGUCUAUGGCCAUCGAGGUGUUCAAAACUGAAGAAGUGGAGGGGCAUGGAGGGAUCCUUUCUGAUGAAUUUGUCGAAUGGCGCAAUGCAUUUAAUCGACAAACGGCACAUGAUUCUCAUGUCGCGAAUAACACAGUGCAGAUGAACGGUAUGAAUAUUGCUGCAGGAGAUGCACCUGAAUCCGUUUUGGACGAUGUGCUGUGA